UGGCUUCUCUACAAAAUUGAGGUGGGGGAGGGUAGAAAAGCUCCCAGACUCCUUGACCACUUAAACCUUUGCCUCCUGCCACUGGUGGUUAACAGUUGGUGCUGCCUACAGGUCGGAAGUAAAUCAUUCUUAUUUCUCCUCUCAUUUUAAGACCAGGAACCAUCCUCAGCCCUGUUUGGUGAACCAUUGGCAGAAAUUAAGAAGGAAAACAUCCUCAUUGUGAGUCAUUUUACCUCGCUUUUCUAAUAGACUUGGUGCCAUAGUUGGGUGUUCUUCCUGUGGGAUUUGUGUUUCUGUUACCUUGAAGGGGAAGAGCUAAUUGCCUGGGUAGCAGCUGUCCCCACAGUCAAGGCAGGGUAGUUUCUGGGAAGAAACUGGGAGCAGGCGCUGGUAUUUACACCACUGGUACUCCUUGGAGUUCUCAAGUAAGACUUGAAGUUAAUUCCUUUUUAACUGUUUCGCCUUUAGCAUUUUUUUCUUGUUUUUCAAUUAAUAAAAUUAAUUUUUAUUUCUUCGCUGAUGGAUUUUUAAAACUCCUGAGUUUUCUGUUUUCUUAAGCUUGAGGAAAAGAGACUCUUUCAUAUGUUUGCUUUAUAAUUGAGGAAGAUGGUUAAUUAUGUACCCUGACAUUUCUCCAGCUAGUAUGUUUAUGAGAUCUAAUCAGUCAGAGGCUCUCCAAAAUGCAAGGAGGUUGAUAAAUACAUUUUCUGGCAGAGCACUCAUUCUUGGACACAGUUCUAUACUGUGAAAGAGGGUGCAACAAUUUGUGGUGGACAGCAGUUUUUGCCAAAGUAGUGCCAAAUGGUCAAAAAAAAAAUGUUAUUGGAAGCUAUUAGAUGUUUGCUGAAUUGGCUAUGAUAAGAUGACCACUGGAGGAUAGUAUUUUUAGGACAAAACCUUAUAUUAAGUACUCACUAAAAAGGAGUCCCUGGGUACUGCAAACAGUUAAUAUACUUGGCUGCUAACCAAAAGGUUGGAUGUUUGAGUCCACCCAGAGGCACUUGGGAAGAAAGAUCUGGUGAUCUAUUUAUGAAAAAUCAGCUGUUGAAAGCUGUAUGGAGCACAGUUCUACUCUGACACAUAUGGGGGUGCCAUGAGUAUAAUCAGUUCUACAGCAGCUGAUUUUUUAUGCUAUUCAACGUACAGGGCACUGAUGAUUGUAAUUGCUGUGAAUAAGUUGUACACCUGUUAAAAAAAAAAAAAAGUGUAGCUGCCGAGGGUGCUUAUGUACAGCCAAAAACCUCACGGGAUUUGGUUUCUUGGUUUGGAGGUUUAGGGUCAUGGUUUCAUGGAACAUACCAGUUAGUUCUGAUAACCUGUUUAGUGCUUCUGUUCUACCUUCUAAUUUGUUGUGUAGUGCUUGGGGUCUUAAAAGCUUGCAAGUGGCCAUCCAAGGCACAAGAAUUGGUCUCUGCCUGAAGGGAGCUACAGAGGAAGAAGGAGAGUCAGGAAUUGGAGGAGGAUAUGGAAUGUGUGGCUAAUUGCCUCCAUGAACAGCUGCCUCCUUUGCCAUGAGACCAGAAGAACUGGAUGGUGCCCAACUACCAUUAGUGAACAUUUUGAUCAAAGAUUCUAUAGAAGAAUCCUUGUAAGGAGGAAAAUGCAGAAAAGAAUUUCAAAUUCUUACUGUCUCCAGACUUCUGGAGCCAGGAGGGUUGGCUGAAUCCCUGAAACUAUUGCUCUAAAAUAAUCUUUAAACCUUAAACACCCCUGACAUCUUCUUAAAACCAAAUAGUAGUUUAGCUUAACUAGUAAAAAAAAAGUCUGCCUUGAGCAUUAUACUCUUUUAAAAGAGCUAUCUAUAUGGGAUCAAAGUGACAACAGCAACUUGAAAGAUCAGCUAGGAACCUUAGUGGGCGAUUAAUUUAUGUCAGUAGGGGGAGAAACAACUCAAAAAAAGAGGGUGAGAGUGGUUUAACACAACUCGAAGAAAUUACACAGUGUCACUAAAUGGUACAUGUAGAAACUGUGGAGUUGGUGUAUGUUUUGCUGUAUAUAUUCUCAACAACGACAAAGUAAAAUUUUUUAAAAAGUGCAGAGCAUUGUCUUGUAUUUUGUUUAAUCCUCACAACAGUUCUGCAUGGUUUUUUUUUUUUUUAGCGCUGCUUAUAUGCCAACACAGUUCUUAGCAUUUUAACAUGUAUUAAAUCAUUUAGUCUUCACAGCAACUCAAUAAGGUAGGUACUAUAAUGUUUCAUAAAAAUGGAGAUACAAAAGUGCAUGUAUUUGUAGCAUUAAGACAAAAUGAGAUAUUGUUAUGCAUGUUUUAAUUGGUGAAACUUCAGCUUUUUAAUCAGGUGUUCGUUGAAUUAAGAAUGCUCAGUUGUGAUGAAAAGGAAUGAGAUCAAAGAAAAGGUAUAAAAUCCUGAACCUUUACUUUUGAAGAUUAUAGCUAAAAGGUUCUUUGGCAUGGAUAAGUGUUCAAUGGGAGGAAUAAAAUUGACUGAGUAGACUCCUGUCUUAUUAGGGAAUAUAGCCAUGGCAGCUAGUCUCAUGGAUGUAGAAAAUUCAUUUGGUGAUCAAACUAGUCCUUUAGUUAAUAGAUCUAGAAACCCUUUGGAAGAUGAUGAUGAUGAUGUUGUAUUUAUUGAAUCUAUACAACCUCCCUCAGUUUCUGCACCAGCAAUAGCUAAUCAAAGAAACGUAUUUACAUCAUCAAGAAGGGAAAAGCUACAGGGAAACAGUUUUGUAAUUCUUCCUUCUUCAAGAGAUUUGACUUCUCAGAAGAGAAAUUUAAGUGAGACAAUUGUCAUUGAUGAUGAAGAGGAUGUAGAAACAAAUCAUGGGCAAAAGAAAAAUUCUUCCAGUUUUAUUGAAUGGGGACUUCCCGGAAUUAAAAACAGAACCAAAGAUUCAGAUUUCUACACUUCUAGUGUUUCAAGAAGUAAGAACAAGACUGGAGUGGGACCUUUUAAUCCUGGUAGAAUGAAUGUGGCAGGAGACAUGUUUCAGAAUGGAGGAUUUGCAACUCAUCAUAGUCCCGAUUCUUGGAUCUCCCAGUCAGCAUCAUUUCCCCGUAAUCAGAAACAACCAGGGGUGGAUUCUUUGUCACCAGUGGCCUUACUUCCUAAGCAGAUUUUCAAGCCUUCUCCCCAACAACAACUUACUAAACCAGCUAAAAUCACUUGUGCAAACUGCAAAAAACCUUUACAGAAGGGACAGACAGCUUAUCAACGAAAAGGAUCAGCUCACCUCUUUUGUUGUACCACCUGCCUUUCUUCCUUCUCUCAUAAACGUGCUCCAAAGAAACGCAGUGCAAUGUGUAAAACAGAUGCACCUACAGAGAAGGCUGCUGCUGUUGCUCAAGUGGAUUCGAACAGAUCCUCCCAGGAAUUUUAUAGUACAUCUUUGUCUCCCUGUGAAGACAAACAGAAUCUUAGGAAAAGAGUUCUGAAUAAAUCAAGAUGUACAAUCUGUAAUAAAUUAACAGAGAUUCGCCAUGAAGUCGGCAUUAAUAAUGUAAUUCAUAAACUCUGCAGUAACCAUUGCUUUAAUAAGUACAGACUGGCCAAUGGUCUAAUAAUGAAUUGUUGUGAACAGUGUGGGAAGUACAUGCCCACUAAAAAUGUUGGAAACAAUGCCCUGAUGAUCGAAGGUCAGCAGAAGAGAUUUUGCUGCCAAAGUUGUGUUAGCGAAUAUAAACAGUGCAUCAUGGCUCCCAAACGCAGCAAAACCAGUGCUAGUAAUAGCAGCAGCAAGAGGCAAAGGAAAAGUAUCGAUUUGGAAGUGAAACAAAAGGUCAUUAAACAACAUGAAGGUGGAAAAUCAGUGAACGCUAUUGCUCGCGAUUUAGGCAUGUCGCACUCAACAAUCACUACGAUCCUCAAAAACAAAGAAAAAAUUCUCCAAGCUGUUAAAGGUUCAGCUCCACUGAAAGCUACAAGGCUAACGAAAAUGCGAGAGGGGCCUAUAUCAGAUAUGGAAAGAUUGCUAAUGACAUGGAUUGAGGACCAAACACAAAAGCAAAUCCCACUCAGCACAUCGACGAUCACUGCUAAGGCACGAAGCUUGUUCGAGAUGCUUAAAGAAAAAGCAGGACCAGACUACAAUAUCGAGUUUAGUGCUAGCUCUGGGUGGUUCAUGCGCUUCAAACAACGUUUUUCGCUGCAUAAUGUGAAAUUGAUGGAAACAAAAUCAAAAAAAUUAUCAGCAUCAGAAAACAGAAAAAGAAAUGCUGUUAGAGAAGAAAGUGAAAGAAUAUUAUAUGGAUCAUUGAAUACAUUUUUGGAAAAAGUAGAUGAAAUACCAGAAAAAAAGGAAAAGACUUCAGAGCUACAGGUUUCAGUAGACUGUAGCACAGGUACAUCACUGAUCAAAAAGGAUGUAAAUGUACCUUCUUCCUCCAUGUCAACCAUAGCUGGUAAAUUUCAAGAGCAACUCAAAGAGAAAAAAUCAGAAGUCUCAACUAUACCAGUUGUACUUUCUGCAGAUCCAGGUACAUGGCCCCGAAUUUUGAAUAUUAAACAGUGGGGCACUCUCAUUGAAAAUGAUCCACCUCAAGUAAGAAAUUUUAACUUUCCAAAAGACAAUACAGGGAGGAAGUUUUCAGAAACGUAUUAUACGCGAAUUCUUCCAAAUGGUGAAAAAACCACUAGAUCCUGGUUACUUUAUUCUACCUCAAAAGAUUCCGUGUUUUGUUUAUAUUGCAAACUCUUUGGGGAAGGAAAAAAUCAACUGAAGAAUGAGAAUGGGUGCAGAGAUUGGCAGCAUUUAUCACAUAUUCUUAGUAAACAUGAAGAAAGUGAAAUGCACAUCAACAACAGUGUUAAGUAUUCAAAAUUAAAAUCUGAUUUAAAAAAAAAUAAAACUGUUGAAGCUGCAGAACAGAGGUUGUAUAAAGAUGAGAAAAAUGGCGAUGUGCUGCUGUUGUACACAUAAUAUACCUGAUUUGGUUUUUGACAU